CCACUCCCAUACCAAUGGGCCGUUUUUUCUAUUAAAACAUUUAUAAACGAUUAAACUGUCUUGGUUUUGGUUUAAUCGGAGUGCAUUUCUUUGUUGUGGAUUGGAUUAGGCGACAUUUUCAUUCAGGAAUCUGGCUUGUGGAGCGCAUAUAGAGAAAGAUUGAUGUGCCAAACUACGUAAACGAUGACUGCCAUCCUGACUGAACCAUCUAUAGCUUAAUAUCAAAAACAAAGCAUAUUUGCAACAAAAAAAAAAAUAAACACCGGUAGAUAACAGUUAAUAAAGGUAGUAAUCUAAUCUGUUAAUCUCGAAGCCCAACUAGUAAUAAAAUGAUUUAAGAGGGAGUAUGACAAACGACUGGAUUUCGUGUAGUACCGAUUAUCAAAGCUUGGAAAACACCAGUUUCACGAGUUUUUUUUAAGUAAAAACAAAACGUCGAGUCGUAUCGCAAAAUGAAGCACAGGGAGCGGAAGAAACGGUUCUCCGUCAAUGCGAUCAGCUUAUUUGUCACUUGUGUGUUUCUGUUUUUGGCUGUAGAGAUUUCAGAUGGAAAAGGUUCAUUUACCACGAGGAUCAAAAAAAUCACUGAAAACCUGGACAUGGCUGUUCUCGGUCUUGACAUUACUGUCAACUACAGGGACUUCAAUAACACUGCCCAAUAUUACAGCAACUCGUCGUUUAACGCCGCUGGAAUGGUUGGACUCUAUAACCUAACUAAGGCGUUCAUUAAUGUUUGCGCUCCCGAGGACAUUCUUAUGCCCGGAAUUAUAUCUAUCGACAAGAACGACAUCAAGUUUAACAAUCCAGAGCCAAGAGACGUGAUCAGCUACUAUAGUCAACUAGUAGCGUUGGUGAUUCUUCUAUUACUGUGUGUGGUGCUAUUUCCGAUAUGCGGAGUCUUUUUCUGCUGUUGCCGCUGCUGCGGUAACUGUGGUGCUAGAGCUAAACCAUCUGACAAGAAAAAGGACACUUGCAAAAAAGUCUUUUAUGCCACUUUGUUGAUCAUGUGUGGAACUGGUUUACUAUUCUGUAUAGUCUGUGCCUUUGGCAGCAACCAGCAAAUCUACGAUGGUCUCGGCGAAUUUCCUUCAAGCAUGCGCGUUGGCCUCAAAGAUACCAACACAUUUAUGGACACUACCAAUGCAGAAAUUACCCACCUUUUACACGACAACUAUCAAGAUUUUUAUCAAAAAUUCAUUCAAGUUAUGGAUAACAGUUCAACAAUUGCAGUAGAACAACUAAUAGGAUUCGCAAAUGCCACAAACAUAUCAGAGAUUCAGACAUUUUCACAAAAUCUUCAAAAUAUUAAAGUUAUGCUCUUUUCUCUCAAGAAUAAUACAAACCAGAUAAGAGUUUAUGCUUCACAACUCAAUGAUGCUGUUAGAAAAGUCAAGUGGGAUCUGACCACUACUUUAACCCAAUGCAGCUUCCGUUUUUGUGAUGAAUUUUCACAGGAAAUUACAAAAUUACAGACCAGUAUAGAUUUUAAUAAGGUCCCCGACGUAACUGAUACAAUAAACAGUUUUGAUCAACUGGAUAUAGAGAGCAUUCAGAAGGACGUAGAAGAGGGAAAAAAAAGUUUGGAUCAAUUAACCGAAAGUAUUAACAAAUCGGUGAGUGAUGGAUUAGAUACUGCCCGGGAAAAAAUUAACGAAGCUGGAGAAACAAUCGACUACAACCUUAAAACCGUCACCGACCAAAUAUCUGCUGUGAAAGAUAGCAUCAAUAUAAAUUUCUCCCCAAUAAUUGACAAUACGAAUUAUUAUACCACCGAAUACGGAAAGUAUAUUUACUAUGCCGGUUUGACGGUGUGCUGCAUUUUGCUGUUAGUGACCGUGUGCAUCGUUUUGGGGCUGAUUUGUGGCAUUUGCGGCAAGAGGCCGGAUGGGUACAGCGAUAAUUGUUGCAACAAAGGAGCUGGAAGUAGAUUUUUAAUAUGCGCCGUGGGAAUAAUGUUUCUUUUCGGCUGUAUAAUAUCAACAGUGACCCUAGUGACUCUCGUUACGGGAGUGAUAACGGAGAAAGCAGUGUGUGUUUCUCUACGAGAUCCAGAUCCAGAUAAAUAUACUGUAGUGAAACUGCUGGAUGACACUAUGAAAAAUCAAAGCCAAUUAAAAAUAACUUUUAGCGGGCUCAUUAACGAUUGUUUCCAAAAUAAGAGUGUAUAUAACACUUUUCAACUGAAAAAUGUAUUUGAUCUAGCAAAGAUCAAGGAAGGACUAAAUAUUGAGGAGCAAUUGAAUAAGCUGAAUUUUACCGUUGAAAUUCCUAAAAAUUUUACGCUCGUGUCAAAUGAUACUUUCGAUAAGUUGAGAGUGUUUAGUCCGGACAUACAAGUAGACAAGUUUAGGGAUGAGCUUGAAAACCAGACUUUCACCAACUACAAUUUGGAGGCUCUAACAAACUCGCUAGAAAAUAUUAUCAAGCAGCUACAACAAAAAAAUGACCCAGGCUUAUCAGAUCUUAUAUCGGAUCUUCUAUUAAGUCGACUUCACUUAACCACUUACUCUAGUAAGCUAAUUGUACCUAUGAAGGCAGUAUCACAAGAUUUAAUAAAAACUGCUACAAACUUAAGCGAACAACUGAAAAUGGGCUUCAGCAACUUCUCUGAGGCGAUCGAUUCUUUGCAAGAGGAAAUAGUGAAAGCACAGGAUUAUCUUAAUACAACCGGACCUGAUAGCCUUAAAAACAUCUCCGCUGAAUUCAUAGGUGCAACUAAACAAAUGAUAGAAGGAUACAUCGACCGGAUCUCUGACCAUAUUGAGAACAAAAUCGGGCAAUGCGGUCCUAUUAGCUUGGUGUUUAACUCCACCGUUAAUUCAACUUGUGAUAAAGUUUUGCUGCCACUUAACGGAUUUUGGUUCAGCUUAUUCUGGACGAUCAUCUUAUAUAUAAUCACGAUUAUCGUAUCAAUUAUAUUGGCCAAUCUUUACCAGAGGCAUAAGCCAUAUGACCAGUUUGUCGAAACCAGAGACAAAAGGGGUAAAAAGAAGGGAAAAAAGUCGAAAAGGUACGAAGAAAGGCCCGGCCGUGACGUAGCUAGAGAUUAUGCCGGAAGAUCUCAUCCGCCCGACGGACGUUAUGCUGAUAUGGCUCCAAAGCAAUGGGAAGAUUUUCCGAAUGGCGGACCGCCGCACUACCAAAGGGCUCCAACGGAAUACGAGAGGCCACCGCCUUAUUAUUAUCCUGGAAGUGGAGGGGAGCAGUAGAAGGCAAAAAUGGAAUAGUUGAAAAAUGUAUAGACUGAACUCUUAUGGCGUUAUUACUACUAAAUAAUUAUUUAGCUUAAUUGAUUUUUUCUUUUAGUAAUAAUGGCGUAUUCAUAAUUUCUUUAGUAAAAUUACACCCAUCCAACCCUUGUCUCUUAAUUUGUGAUAUUACUUGUAAUUAUAUCACACCUAUUAUAGGUGAAAUUUUUCAUUUUGAGGUGGCAUGGUGCGUGCAGAUUAAGAUUAAAAAAAAAACAGUGUGUUCUGAGCUAGUUAUUGAACCUUCUGGACACAUUCCAGUUAUAUUCAUGCUCAAUACAUAAUAUUUUUAUAUUGUAGUCACUCGUAUAUAUCACUUAUUUUUGAAGUUAAAACAAUAGUGUCACGAAUAAUAAUAGAUGUACGUUUUUACCGAGACUUUGUUGUGCAUUUACAGUCAAUUUAUUAGGCUGGCUAUUUAAUUGGUAGCUACUUUACGUGUAUUAAGGUUUCAUGGUAAACGAUGCUAAAUUUGCCUUAAACCUAGUUGUAGCUCCCUGAUAGUAACUAAAGUCUUACCAAAAAUAAUAAAUAAGUUUUUCAAUAAAAUUGCAGACAAAUUUUUAAAUACUGUGUUGCCUAAUUAUCGAAUUUGGCGCAAAAUUUCUAGCUAAUUGAUUGCUGCCAUUGCUGUAUCAAGCCAGCAGAAAUAUAAUUCAUUUAACUUACUAUGUUUAAAUUAAUUUAAAGUAAUGUUUUAUUUUUACAAACAAAUAUAUCUUUUAGGUUCCUUGUUUUUUUUUUAGUAUUUCGUCGUUUUUGAGGAAAAAAAUCGUAUUUCAUUGCAUGUUAAUGGGUAACAACAAUAACGAAAAAAAUUUAUAUUUUUUAAACAAAUAUUAAAGUUUGUUAUGUCUUGUAUUAAUCUUAAGAGCAGCUCCUAGAGAAAAAUGGGAAAUUAAUAAAAAUUACUUAAGAUGAAAGUCUAAUGGCUCAAUUAAAAUGAAGAAAAAAAAAUGAAAGAAAAAGGUCUAAUGUAUUUAAUUUUGGGAAUAUGAGUGAUCCAAAUCCAUAACCUUUAAGAAACCUUUAAAGGUUAGGAUAUUUAAGAAAUAUAUUAUAAAUGUAGUGACAUAAAAAAAUAUAAAAUAAUUAUGAUAAAUUUUGUAUAAAAUUUAUGUUUUUGUUCAACGUUCAUCAUUAAUUGUUUAUUUAUUUUGCAAAAAUUUUCCUUCUUUAAUAUUAAAAAAUUAGGGUGAAGUGGGGUAAGUGUAAUCAAAAAAAUGUUAGUGGCACUUUAAAAUUUCAUAACAAAAAAACUAAAAAAAAAUUUUCGGGUUCAUUUUUAGUAGGCACAGAGCUUAUUUCUUUGUUAAAUCAAUGUCAUAUUUAUUUAUUUUUUGUCUGCUUUUGUUUUUUUUAUAAACCAAAUUAAAAAAAUAUGUCGGCUGAUUACCCAGAGAAUGGGGCAAGUGUACUCACGGCUCCUAACUGCCAUAUGCUUACUCUGCCGAUGGAUCUGGGGCAAGUGUACUAUAGUAUGAAAAAUUCUGGGUUAAAAAAAUAGCUUGAUACCUAUCUUAAUUUAUAAGGAAGGUAUGAACUUUUUUCGUGGAGCAAUGAUAAUGAAUAAAACUCAAAGAUUUUCUGAAAAGUAUAUUAUGUAGGUAAGUUGAGCAAAACAGGCUGUGACAUGUUUUUUUAUUUAUUUAACGUUAUAUGAGGUAAAGGAUACUGGAAAAGUUAGUUCUACUCUUCGCCCUAAAGUGGCUUCUGGUAAAACACGCUCUAUAUCUGAUGCAGCCACUAAGUGAUGGUCCUCUUGUUCAGGCCAGUGAAACACUGAACUAUGCGUGUUUCGGUUUGAUUUUUUUUUAAACUUAAUGAUAGGUUGCGAUUCUUCAUCAAGCGUUGUUAUUUGACCAGCAUAAAAAAGUAUACUUUUCUUUCCUUUAAAUGAGACCAAAACCCAGUUUCCAAUGUUUUCUACCCCUUUAAGAAACAAUUCGUCUUGUUUUAAUGCUUGUUCAUCUUCCUCUAACCUUUUUGCAUAAGUCUCAAAGGUGACGUCGUUGGAUUCACUGUCACUUAAAAUUUGCGGCUCGUCUUCAUCUGAAGAGCUCUCAUUAAUAUGUUUUGCUGUUAUUUUUUUUGAUUCCUUCUUUGUUUUCUUUGCUAAUUCUUUCGCUAUUCUUUCAUCUUCUUUUUCUUGCUCAGCCUUUUUCUUUUUUUCUUUGUUUUCUUUUGCUGUUAUAAUUUCAGCUCCCGGAGCUACCCUUUUUCUUCUUUCUUUUUCGUUAGGGCGGGGCGAUUGUCUCACUGUUUCCAGCAACAAUUCUUCAAAUGAUACAGUAUCGCUACUUGGUGCUGCUAUUGGUAUUGGUCUACUUGGCCCUGCUAUUGGUUCUGGUCGCGGUUCUGAUGCUAGCUGCUGCGUGGUUGGUUUCUCUCUCGAUGGCUCUUCAUGGCUGCUUGUGCUGGGUUCAUUAAGAGGUUGUUCUGUGGCAGGUUGGGGAUUUCUCAAACGUUCUUCAUAUCGUCGUAGAGCUUCUGGAUCAUAUUUAGAGCGGUCGAUGACAGAUCUAUUAAAUGGGCAUAUUCCUCCUCUACGAAAGCCCGAUGUCAGUAAAGCUGGAUCGGUCUCUUUCCAAAUUGUGCUCACAAGUACCGAAAAAUCUUUCUUUGGUAUUUUAACACCCACUUGUUUUCUUUGGUACUCCGCUAAUUUGGAAUCCCACCGUGACUUAAGGCUCUUAAAGACCGCUAGGUCCAUAGGUUGCAAUAAGUGGCUAGAGUGUGGAGGUAAUUUAAGUACAAUUAUAUCAUUUCACCGCCCAACAGCAUGUAUGUUGCAUGGAAUAUUUUUAUGAUUCUAGGCUUAUUUUUAAUGCUGAUAUUAAAUAAUGUCAUCAGUUUAUAUGUGUCAGCUCUAGUUUUUGAGUUAAAAGGAGGGAGUAUUUUUUGGGAAUUAAAAAUACACUCAACGUACAAACAUUUUUAAUUACAAGAACUAUACACUCAGGAAUUUUCUUUUAUAUGAUUUUCUACUAGUUUUGAAUGAACUGCUACUCUGAAUACUCCAGCAAAAAUCGGCCAACAUAUGUGCAUCCCAGCGAUCCUGAAAUCGUUCCUCCAUGGUUCGAAGAUCUUGGUGGAAUCGUUCACCCUGUUCUUCACUCAUGUCAUCGAGAUUUUCAGGAAAAUGGUGUAAAUGGCUGUGUAGGAAGUGCACUUUGAUGCUCAUGUUACAUCCAAGUCGCUGGAAGUGUGACAACAUCUCUUCGACGUGCGCAAUGUAAUCAUCACCCUUCCUCUUACCUAAGAAAUUUUGGAUAACCCAAACAAAGGAACCCCAUGCAUUCUUCUCAAUUUCUGACAUUGAGCUGGUGAAAUUAGGAUCGUUUACCAACUUGCGAAUUUGUGGACUAUCAAAUAUACCUGCCUUGAGUUUUUCUGAACUUAGACUUGGAAAUUUCCUUGAAAUAUAUUUGAAACAUUUACCAUCUUUAUUUAAUGCCUUAACAUAUUGCUUCAUUAAACCUAGUUUAAUGUGCAGGGGUGGCAAUAUGAUACGAUCUCGUGGCACUAGAGGUUCAUUUAUAACAUUAAGACUACCUGGAAGUAGUGCUUCCCUAGAGGGCCAUUCUUUUCUUGACCAAUGUUCUGAUUUUGCUCUACUAUCCCAUAAACACAUAAAACAAGGAUAUUUAGUGUAGCCUCCUUGUUGUCCUAAAAGGAAGUUCACCAUCUUAAGAUCAACGCAAAUCACCCAUUUAUGAUCGUUAUAUUUGAUUUUGUUCAUGACCAGUGCUAUUGUGGGGUAUUCUUCCUUAACUUUAGUUGAAUGUGCUAUUGGUAUGGAGCCUAGUUUAUUUCCGUUGUGCAAUAGUACACACUUCAAACUCCGUUUUGACGAGUCAAUAAAUAAACGCCAAUCGAUUGGUUCAUAUUUCUGCAAGCCCAUGGCAGUCAUUAAACCAGAAAUAUUAGUACAAAAUACAAAAUUAUCCUCCUCAGCGAAAAAGGGAAGUAAGUCUUUUUCUCGAGUGCGGUAAUAAGAAACUUUAGUUUUUUCAGUUAAACGAUUUCUCUCUUUUAAUCUGGAGGCCAAUAAUUCAGACGAAGUUUUGGAUAGUCCAAGGUCUCUAAUUAAAUCAUCAAGUGCACUUUGAUCGAAUGGUUUUGGUUCAAAGAGAUUUUCUGGAACAAACUCGUCAUCGCUCAUGCUACUCAGUUCAUUCAAUUCAUCAGAACUUUCUGUAGAUGUAGAUGGUAAUGGUAAAGAUGUAUCUUUUGAGGUCCUUACAGGCCUCACAGCUGAUGUUGAUGUGGGGUAAAUCCAUUUGGAGCGGUUCGUCUUGUUGAUUCCUUUUAUAUUAACAAAGCAAAAAUAGCAGUCAUCGUGAUGAUUUAAAGGUUCACGCCAAAUCAUUGGGGAUUGGAAUUUAAAAGAGAGUCUCUUCUUAGUGGCCCAUAAACGUAAUUCUUCAACACAAAUUUUGCACACAAUAUUGGGCACCCAGCACUUGUUAUCUGUUUCCAAAGGAAAACCAAAACACUCUAAAUACGCUCGUUUCACAAAGUCUGACAUAUUCAAUCGAAAUUUUUGAAAAACAUAUUCACCACAAAUAUAACAAUAACAAUUCGGAUCGUUAAUGCAGACCCUUCUUAGCGAAGUCAUGAUAAAAAUUACAAUAAUUUAUCUAAAACGCGACUAUAAUAGAUAAAAAACCAAAAAUAAAGAUAAAUGAGAAGAACGUAGCUAUAUCUAAACAACUCGAGCUGUUAGAGUAAAACUGACGACAGAUUCGAAAUCAGAUGCCUCGAAUUAGUAAACAACAAUAAAAAUAUUUCAGUCAACAUAAAAUAACCUUCGAUUUGUUGUGCAGUGUUUUCGACAACCGCCUCGAUAAGUUUUGGGUCUAAGUGCGUUGAAUGUCCAUCAUGCAAAAGCAGGAUUGGUCUUUCAGGUACAACGCUGCGAAUAGUUUACAAAGAUUUCGGUUUCCAUCCAACCAUUUGGUGACGCAGCAUAAGAAGUACCUGGAAAGGUAGAUUCCUUGGGAGCCAGCCAGGUACUUCAUAGAUUUUUUCCCUUAAAAACAAUUAAUGGAGUCAGUUUAUCCCCAUUGGCGUUGCCACCCAUGAGAACUGUACUCUCUCUUCCAGGCUGGGUGGUUAUUCUUGAAGCAGGGGCAUUUUUCUGAUCCACAAUUUUAGUUUUACUUGGAGCGUAAAACUACGAGCGUAAAACUAGUUUCGUCGAUGUUAUAAAUCUGAGAAGGCUUAUUUUGCAGGUCGUUAUUUUCUAAGGUUGCUUUUAACAUGUCAAGAUGUUGUUCAAUCACAAAUAGAUCAUUGGCUUUUUUUUCUGGCAUACUCCAGUCCUUGUGGUUUUUUUAAAGGAUAAGAACCAAUUCUCGCCAGGUAUUCCAUCUUUAAAUGGCGUUUUUAUAUUAUUUUUCGUGACAUACUUUCCCACCAAUUCUAAGAUUUCCUUUCUGCUGAGCCCCCAACCCACUUCUCCAUGAUUUUUAUGGCAUUCAAUAAUUUUUCUUCAUCAGCUGCAGGUAUUGCGGUGGAUCUUCCUUUGGACGUGCUUUUUGAUCCUCGGGUUUCUCGUAGGUGUUUUUGAAGAGUGGAAAAUGGGAUUUGAUCCCUCUGGGCAGCACUACGAAUACUCAUACGAUUUUCUUGGAUGUUUCUGAUCGCAUCUUUUAAAAGUUCAGCACUGUAAGAAGGGUUUUGUUUCUUUUUUUUUAUACACUCUCACCAUUUUAAAGGAACUCACUAGGAACUGUAUAAACUAGUCUUAGAUCGGUCCUAUUUUAAAGAUUUCCACACUGUCUUUACAAUUAAUUAAAGUCUUUGGUAAGUAUUUACACUAUUUCUUCGAUAUUGGUCUUAGCCUGUAACAAUAGAGAAAAUGAUAGGUUAUAGCCUAAAAACUCAAGAAGGAGGAGGCUGGGGCAAAUGUAAUCGCUGGCAUACAUUUUUUGUUAAGUAUCGAAAAUGAAAUCUGAUAGCAGAAUCAACAUCUUUGUCGAAAAUUACCUAAGGGAGCAAAAUAUUACAACUAAAUACUAAUAUUAGCAGUAGUAAUAGGGAAUUAAAAUUCCUAAAAGGCACUCGCAAAAUUAUUAAAAAUGUCAAAGUACAAAAAAGAAAAAGGGAAAUCUUUAAUACUGGAACUAAGAGGUUAAUAAAAAGUAAUAUGGGUAUAAAAAGGGUCAUAUUUUCGAAUUUCGAAGAAAAUAUGUUCCAAAACGUUAUAAAAAAAAAUCAUAGGGCUUGAUUACAUUUGCUCCAUGAUUACAUUUACCCCACUUCACCCUAAUAGAUUUUUUAAAUGUUUUUAUUCAAAGAAAUUUGUCUAUUUUUUAAUUUAAAAUUUGUUUUUAAAGUUUUUUUUUCUGAAAAAUCAUCACAAAAUACAACUCUAAAACAAGAAUACUUAAGAUCGUAUCUAAUUAAGCAAUAUUAAAAAAAUAAAACUAAUUUUUUUGAUUCGGAAAUAAAUUUAAUAAUUUUGUAUUUUUCUUUUAUUUUCUUAAAAAUCAUUGUCAAAAUCAUCAAAAACAUUAAAAUAGUCAAUAAUGUUGAAUAACAUAUCGUAUUAGUUCAAUUUAAAAAAAAAAAGUUAAUUUCUUCAGAAUUUUUUUAUGUUCUUCUAUUCAAUUUUUUAACUUUGAUUUUGUUUUUUUUUUUUUUACUUUUAAUAUUUAAUAAAUUAUUUAUUUUACGAUUUUUCCUAAUUCAAAUUUAAUUAAAAAAAAAAUAAAGUUUUAAAGCUUAAAUUUUUCGACACUUUAUUUUUUUAAAUGUACAUUCAAAUUCAAAUAUAUUACUUAAAAUUGUACAGUAUUGUUCCAAAGUUAGUGUUUGUGCUCUAAGUCACAAGUGACUUGUCGGGACACAGUAUUUCAGAAUACAAUAAUAAUUUAACAAUAAAUUUGAGAGCUUGUUAUAAAAACCAAAUUAAAUUAACUUAGAUUAAAUUUGUUAAAGUAAUAUUUAAAUUAAUUCUUUCUUUAUUCUAUCAUUAAAUAAUAUUUUCAAAUAUACCUGUAAUUAUAACAUUUGUUUACAUUAGAAAAGGUAGCUUUAAUAAAAUAUGUUCAUAGUUACACCUGAUCCAUUCGGUUAUGCGUAUAUUAAACAGUUUUUUUCUUAUAGCCUUAAAAGCGUGUGGUAUAAAAUUAAAGAUUCUUGGCCCCACAUAAGAUAUAUGACGUUGACAAAUUGUAAAAUCUACUUUAGUCAAAUAAACAUGUUCUCUCGUGACAGAUCUAGUAAUAUUAAGCCGUUGGGGUAGAAUCUUAUAAAUGUUUUUAAUCUUCAUAAAGUUAAGGGUGCUCUUCAGGUAAAGUUCUCUUACAGUGAGAGCACCACUUUCCAAAAACAAAUUAACUGUUGGGUAUCUUUUUGGUCUUUUAUUUAUUAUUUUUAGUAUAUAUUUUUGAGUGAUAACCAGGUUUGUUAACAUUGUGCUACACGCACUACCCCAAAUUCUUAUACCAUAAUUUAGAAUAAAUUCAACCAGAGCCUGAUAGACCAUCUCCAAUAACUCACGAGGCAUAAAUUCGCGUAGUUGAUAAAAUUUAUAAAUUGUUUUCCUUAUCUUUUUAGUUAUGUAAUCAAUAUGCAUAUUGUAUUUUAAAUUUCUAUCAAUAUAGACGCCGAGGUAUUUUGUGUACGAAACUAAAGAAAUCUUAGAAUCGCAAUUCGUACAUAGUUCAUUUAAUUUCUGAAUUAAAAAAUUAAGUCUUCAAAGCUAGAUUUACUUCUUAUAACAAGUUUUGAUGCUAAAAUAAUGUAAUUUUACAUUAAAAUAAUAAAAUUUUACACUAAAAUAUAGGAAGUUUAUGUAUUAUGAUAUAUUCAAAAGUGAUUAGACUAAAGAAAAACCUUUUAUAUGGAAAAAAACUAAUAAGUGUAAUAUAUAUACUUCACUUUGGUAGUUUUAUAUAUAUUUUUUUUAAUUUUGUCCCAAGAACAUGCAGUAAAAUGAUUUUUUUUCUUAAAUACACAUACAAAAUAAUAUAGAAACUAAAAAGCAGUAUUUGUGUUGAAAACAUUAUUUUUUAAUGGAUUGCUUAUAAAAUGCCUUGCUUCUUUUAAAUAAAUAUUUAUUUACUCCAAUUUAUGCUUUUAAAGCUUAUAAACUAUCGACUGUUUUAUCACAUUAUUUUUAAUGUAACAUAUUAUGUUUAAAUUAAAAUAAUACACCUGUUCCACUUGCAAUAAGUUUGUCUGCACUUAUUAUUUGAGAAAACAAGCUUUUAUUAAAGGACUUUGCUUACUAUCUUAGACUAUACUCAAAAAUAACAUGUUAUAUAGUUGAGUUCAAGCUAAAAAGUAGCUACAGAUAUUAAAUAUAGAUCAAAACUUUUUUAAGAAUUAGCAUAAUAUAUUAAUAUCAAUAAGAUGUGCACCUCCUUUUAAAAUAAUGAUAUAAAAUAUCUUUGAACGUGAUGUGAUUCUCACUGCUUAAAAGCAUAUCUUUUUGUUAUUAAUAUUAGUGUAAAUAGUGUAGUUUUUAAUGUUUCCUUAAUAAAAAUCAAACAAAUAUAUAUUACUCAUAUAAAAGAAAACGUGAAAUUAUUUUUAAAGACAAUUCUGUUUAAAUUUUGUUAAGAAUUAUUUUACUAGUUUUACAUAUUUUAUAAAUUAAAAGAUAUUUUAUUAUGUAUUAUGAGUAUAUACGCAGAACUUUGAAAUUAUUUUUAUAUAAAUAACCCUUUUAUCAGUUCUUAUCUUGCAAUAUAAAACCAAAGUCUCUUAGGUUAGCUUUUCCUGGCACAAAAUUACACAUUGCACUUAAAAAACAUUUACAAAAAGAUGCAUAAUCAAUUUCAUUUUCACUCUAUGUAUGUUUUUGUGCUCAAUAUUUAGGGAUUUUUGAGGCCAAACUGUUGCCAUAUGGAACGACUUGUAUUUAUUACAUGUUAUUUAAAUUAUUAGGAUAAUUCUGAUGUUUAUACAUUAUUAGAAUAAAGAAAAUAUGUAUUAAGAUAA